AAGAUGUCGCGGCGCCGUUUUUGCAAAAAACCCCUCCACGAAUUCCCGACCAAAAGUAGAGUCCCUCCUUCCCAAAUCCCCACCGUCUCCGCUUCGUGUCCGCGCCGCUGACCUCGCUCGCCGCCGUCGCCUGCGCCGCUCCCUCUCUGGCCACCACGCCGCUCGCCGCUCGCCGCCGCUCCGUUUCUGGCCACCAUGCUGUCCCACGCGCCGCUCCCUCGCCGGCCACCGCGCCCUCUCCCGUGUAGCUCGAGGAGCUAAAAGUUUAGCCACCCAAGAUUCCACCUUGGGCGUCCAUGGAGGCUGCGGCGCGGCACGACGACCAUGCGUAGCUGAUUUCGUCAUCCAUGGAGGCUGUGGCGCGGCGCGACGACCACGCGGAGCCGAUUUGAGCGCCUGCCUCCGCCGACGGCCGGCAGGCCGGAAUACGCCUUGUUCUGCUGCAGCACUGACUCAUCCACAACUUCACAUCUCGAUCCGCGUCUUCUCCUGCGAGCAGUCUGUGAUCUGGCUGGUAACACUCAGAUCAACUGAAUUUUGGUUCUCACCUGAGGCACGGGAGCCGCACCAGCAGCAGGAGCUCCACCUGCACCUGUGCGCUACCGAGGAUGAGCAGCGCCCCUUGCACUGAUGCGCUGCCGAGGAGGAGACAGCGGAGCAGAGCCGCAGCCGGCGAGCGCCCAAGCAGAUGAGGACAAGCAGCGCGACGGCGCAAGGAGGAGGGUAAGGCGCCGCGAGCAGAGCAAUCGCAGCGGCGCACGGAAGGACCUGGGGUGCGGCCGCAGGGAGGACGACGGCAAGCUCGGGCGCGGCCGCAGGGAAGACGACGGAAAGCUCGGGCGCGGCUGCAGGAAGGACGACGACGAGCUCGGCCGCUGCAAUUCGGACAAGAGCUCGGGCGCCGAAGGGAGGAUGACAACGAGCUCGGGCGUGACGGCACGUCGCAGGGAGGUCGACGGCAAGAUCGGGCGCGGCCGCAGGGAAGACGACGGCAAGCUCGGGCGCGGCCGCAGGGAGGACGACGACGAGCUCGGCCGCUGCAAUUCGGACAAGAGCUCGGGCGCCGAAGGGAGGAUGACAACGAGCUCGGGCGUGACGGCACGCCGCAGGGAGGUCGACGGCAAGAUCGGGCUCGGCCGCAGGGAAGACGACGGCAAGCUCGGGCGCGGCCGCAGGGAGGACGACGACGAGCUCGGCCGCUGCAAUUCGGACAAGAGCUCGGGCGGCGAAGGGAGGAUGACGACGAGCUCGGGCGUGACGGCGCGCCGCAGGCAGGACAAGAGCUUGGGCUCCGCAGCAAAGAUGACGUCCCAACGGAGCAGAGGAGUGCUUGCGGUGCCGCAGCAGGGAGGAAGACGCGAGAUCGAGCGCGGCUCUGCCGGACGUCGAGCGCGGCGCCGCCGGACGUCGAGGACGACGGCGGACGUCGACGGUGAGAGAAGAUCCGUAUUUGAAAUUUACAGAACAGGAUUUAGUUGGAGAAGAAAGGAACUAACAAGGGGGUUUUCAUAAAAAACCAUUUGUAUUACGCGUCCGACAUCUUUUGCGUGACGGAGGGAGUAUUACUUAAAACAA